CACAAAAAAAGAUAUAUUGAUGACGAGGUUGACCCCAUCAAAACAUUCGCUUGACCGCAGCCCAGGGGGAAAAGUUAGGCUCAUUUGAAAUGCCAAAAAGAAAAGCUUCCACAGCCGUCAAAACCUCCUACCUUCCGGUGGUGGCCAAUCGUGGCUCGAAAUAACACCUGAAGAUGCUAACUUGGUCGCGCAGUAGCCUCUGACGAGAUAGCGCGUGACAAUCCAGUCAGGACCUUAGAAGGGCCUCCUUCUGGUGGGUAUGGACUGGACAGCUCAUCCACAAAGACGCCCCCCUGGAGCUUACAUGCAAGUGACAAGGGGUCCUCGAAGGCUCAUCAUCUCCAAUCAGAGGAGGCUGCGGGCGCCGCGACCGACAUGAGGCAGCCUCCAAGGGGUAGACGACAGGGGGCACAGUCUCAAGGCGGCGUUUUGGCGUCUGAUGCCGCCAAUCAUACGAGGCCCUUCAGGGGAUUGAAGCAUCGGAUGUGAUGGGAGAAUGGAUCCUUGCCGCUUUUUGUAACGGCCUGAUCGGCAUCCAUCCAUUCUUUUCGAGGGCCAGUCUCUUUGAAGCUGUGCCUCUUUGUUGGUUUGAUUGUUGCUAUAUCUGGCUGACAAGAUCAAAGAGAUCACGACACGUUGACGAAGGAUUCGUGAAUUGUCGUGGUAGCAUACCGACAUGCACGCACGCAAAAAGGUCUGAGCGUCGCUUCUUUACUGCGUAAACGAAACAUGAUGGGAAGCGAGACAUCGGAGAUGACAGCAGCCACAGGUUGAUAUAUUCGGCGCCUUGAGGAAUGAACCGAGUCCCGAGGAACAUAAUCGUCAGUAGCCAAGAACGAGUGCCAGACUGAUUGUCAGUCGCAAUUAAGGAUCCCGGUGAGCGACAGGGAAAUACCUGGCGCAUUGGGAAUCUCUUUGCUGUGAAUGUCAAAAUCAAUGUCAAAUUGAAACCCUGUCACGGAUCGCCCGCAGUGGGCUUCGUCCAUGCAAAGCAUGUCUACUUGCUUUUCUCGUCAUAACCGGACUCAUCCAACAGGGCGGCUGUUGUUUAUCAUCGUCGCUUUGCUUAUAGCAGGGUCUUACUAUUAUUCUUUGACGCCUGGCCUGCCUCAGCUUGCCCAGAGUCCGUAUUUCGCAGACAGUCGUUCUACCGGAGUGACCGUUAGCUCUGCCUUAGCACCGACAGCUGUUGCUCAAUUUAUCCACACGAUGCCUACAGCACAGCACAGGGCCUACGGCCACCUAUACCUGAAUCUUGGGGAACGGACCAUCCCGUCUUGCUUGAAAAAGCAUAAACGUAAGUAUCAGUGUUGUAGCACAUCCGUUCUCCCUGUUUGGGCUAUCAGUUCGGCAGGUUUAUGCCCAUCGCAGUCAGCAUCGCCCGAGGUCCCUUGUCGGCGUCCAACUCGAUUCGUAUUUUCCCCACGUCUCGAGAUGUUUCAUCACCGCAGAACUCCUUGUCCAUUUCCCAUUUCGAUCCAUCGUCCUGCCCUACCUCACACUGUCCGCUUUGGGGGGCUAAGUUCGAUGCUAGGCCCAGCACUAAGAAGACCCUGGCUCAACGCGACACGUGCCGUGAAAAGGUGACGCGCUGCCUAUUUCCCAGACGAACCGAGGUGAUGGAUUUUUUCUGUUUGUUCGCUACAUCUGCAUCUUCAACGGAUGCAAGUGUUUGUUGUUGUUAUGAAUAGCUCAGUGGCUUUCCCCAUUGUUUCUUCAUUCUGGUCGAGCUGCAGCUUGAGAGACAUGGCGCAAGUUUUGGAAUGAGCUUUGAUGCACCGUGGACUGGACCCUUGUCUUGAGCCAUUGAGAAACGAAACACUACGGCACCGUAGCCACUGAAUAAGUCGAUGGGACAAGCGAGGGUACUGCCUGCAGCCUGUCCAAACGCAGGUACAUGCAACCGUACGCACACGCACAAACGCACAAACGCACACCAAGAAACUUUUUGGGUUUGUGUCAGUGUAGGUUAACUUGAACCCUAAUGCGAUACGUGGUCGUGUUCGUCUCAUUCGUAUGCAGGGGCUUUGAUGAUAGGAGAUGCGAUCACGAAGAAGACAAUAUGACCCAAAAAUGAACUAGGUUAUUUACCCGCUCCAUGUCUUGAGCCUAGCUGGGGUUUAUUAGAGGCAUAGACAUGUCUUGAUCUCCCUUAUUCUACUCCGUACGCGGGGAGAUACCCAAAGUCAUCCGUCAUUCUUGACUGGCGCCGAUAUAGGAACGUGUGUCGGUUCUGUGCUGUUUCGGUGGUAUAAGCUGUUGGUUCAAAUAUGCAGUUUCGAGCUAUAGGCCACCGUCGGCUCUCUUGGUUCUCUGCAUAUUUUUGACAAAUACAAUGCUCAUAGUAUGUCUCUAGUAUACAUUUUGGCGCCUGACCACAACCAACACUGGCUUCAAUUAUGAUGUUUUCGUCUCGCAGCCCACGUCACGAACCAUUCAUUUAUUGCCGCAUAUGCAUCCCUCAUCCUCGCGCUUACGUGCAGAUGUCCCUCUUCAUACAGUACAGCUAUACCAAGUAUACAGUCGGUAUUUCUUGCAGAUCGCGUCUAACAACCAAUAUCAUAACCUCCCAACCGCCCUUUACGCGCUUGCCAACGGCUCAGCACCAAUAAAUCAGCACCAAGAGACGCAAGACGCACAACAUCACAAUGUGCAACCGCAUGCAGCAGAUAUGCAGCCAUCAUGUACGGAUUAUUGCUCACGGCGCUUACAAAAGGGGCUUCUGCACUGUUUACAUACCGUAUGUAUUUAGUAUUUUAGCGUCAAGUGCGUGUAGCCGAAGGUCUAGAGCUCUUUGGUUGUGAUUUGCUUGUCUGAGACUUUGCAGCCGCCGUCGCGGUUAAACCCUAGUCGUUGAAUCGAUAGCGUGGAAGCUAUCGAAUGAACCCAAUUAUUCUCAUGAUUGGAGGAGAAUCUUUAAUUACAAUGGUUAAUUAUGCUUUUGGCCGUUGAGAUGGUGAAAUUACCCCCUCGUCUCUCCGAUCUGUCACAGGGACCGUUGCGGCUCAUCCCAAGUCAAUCAACCUACCCUGCAUCAGAAGAGCUCUGAGUCUGAGAUGUGUCACGACUUCAACACACAAACCUUUCUUUGAGAGACUUAUUGACCUCAAAUUGCCAA